CUGGUCUGAGUCUCACUCGGAUACGCAAUCAUAGUGCCCCGACUCGGACUUCGCUUGCGCCGGGACACGUGUAAUCCCUCGCCUCUAUAUAUUGUUAUCCUCCCAGCCUCCAGCCUAGGAGGUUUUUGUUCUCCAUUCCUCGCCCACGCACGCACUGCCUCCAAACCCUAGAUCUAAUCCAACUUUCUUUUAUUUAUCAUCUCCCCGAUCUCCUUUCACCCCUCGCUUCCCCAAGGUUAAGGAUGGUGUCGGACGCGAGUAAGAAGAAGGCAGCGCAGAAGAAGGCCGCCGCUGCUGCGAAGAGAGGAGGGAAGGCCGCCGCCGCGGCAGCUUCAUCGAAAGCGGCGGCAUCGGAGGCUCAGAAGGCUGCCAAUAAGCUUGCCAAUGGAAUUGGUGAAAUCCAGAUAUCCGAUCGUACGUGCACCGGCGUCCUCUGUUCGCAUCCUCUUUCGAGGGAUAUUCGGAUAGAGUCUCUAUCAGUUACUUUUCAUGGACAUGAUCUCAUAGUUGAUUCUGAGUUGGAGCUAAAUUAUGGAAGACGCUAUGGUCUCCUUGGAUUAAAUGGGUGUGGAAAGUCUACUCUCCUUACGGCAUUAGGUUGUCGGGAGCUUCCAAUUCCUGAUCACAUGGAUAUUUAUCACCUUACUCGAGAAAUUGAUGCUUCUGACAUGUCUGCAUUGGAGGCUGUCAUAAGCUGUGAUGAAGAAAGGUUGAAAUUGGAGAAAGAAGCUGAAACUUUGGCGGCACAGGAUGAUGGAGGUGGUGAAAGCCUUGAACGUGUUUAUGAACGAUUGGAAGCUAUGGAUGCAUCAACUGCAGAAAAGCGUGCUGCUGAAAUUUUACAUGGGCUUGGUUUUAACAAGCAGAUGCAGGCAAAGAAGACGCGUGAUUUUUCUGGUGGUUGGAGAAUGAGGAUAGCUUUAGCACGUGCUUUAUUUAUGAACCCAACCAUUCUUUUACUUGAUGAACCAACUAAUCAUCUAGAUCUGGAAGCAUGUGUAUGGCUGGAGGAAAAUCUGAAAAAGUUUGAUCGCAUUCUGGUGGUUGUUUCACACUCUCAAGAUUUUCUCAAUGGGGUUUGCACAAACAUCAUCCACAUGCAAAGCAGAAAGCUGAAGCCCUACACUGGUAACUAUGAUCAAUAUGUUCAGACGCGUGCUGAAUUGGAAGAAAACCAGAUGAAGCAGUACAAGUGGGAACAGGAACAAAUUGCUUCAAUGAAGGAAUAUAUUGCUCGAUUUGGGCAUGGAUCUGCUAAGCUAGCUCGCCAAGCACAGAGUAAAGAGAAAACACUGGCAAAAAUGGAACGUGGUGGACUUACCGAGAAGGUUGUCAAAGACAAAGUCUUGGUAUUCCGCUUUGCUGAUGUGGGAAAGCUUCCCCCACCAGUACUUCAGUUUGUUGAGGUGACUUUCGGUUACACCCCGGAUAAUCUUAUCUACAGGAAUCUUGACUUUGGGGUGGACUUAGACUCUAGGAUUGCACUUGUUGGGCCCAAUGGAGCUGGGAAGAGUACGCUGCUGAAGCUAAUGACUGGGGAUCUGGUUCCUACUGAUGGCAUGGUCCGACGACAUAACCAUCUUCGAAUAGCCCAAUUUCAUCAGCACUUGGCUGAAAAGCUAGACAUGGAAAUGUCUGCCCUCCAGUUUAUGAUAAAAGAGUAUCCUGGAAACGAGGAAGAGAAAAUGAGGGCAGCUAUUGGGAAGUUUGGACUUUCAGGGAAAGCCCAGAUCAUGCCUAUGAAGAAUUUAUCAGAUGGGCAGAGGAGCCGGGUAAUUUUUGCUUGGUUAGCUUGGAGGCAGCCUCACUUGCUGCUCCUGGAUGAACCGACUAACCAUUUGGAUAUUGAGACAAUUGACUCUUUGGCUGAGGCAUUGAAUGAAUGGGAUGGGGGAAUGGUGCUUGUUAGUCACGAUUUUAGGCUCAUAAAUCAGGUGGCCCAUGAGAUAUGGGUUUGCGCAGAUCAAGCUGUGACCAGAUGGGAGGGUGAUAUUAUGCAAUUCAAGGAGCAUCUAAGGGCAAAGGCAGGUUUAUCUGAUUGAAGCAGAUAGUGGGACUACACGAUUGGUAGCGGAUAUAUUACAAGGUUCGAGUACUUACGUCACUAAUAGUGGGUGUUGCCGCUUGAGUUGGAUUUUGUCGGGUGAUAAAACUCGAGUUAAGUGGCAAAAUUGGUUCAUACCCGGGUCAUUCUUAAAACUGGGAUGGAUGCCUUCACCUGCGAAUUAGAUUGGUGCUAUUUUCAUUUUAAAGUUCUGGUUGUUCUUAAUUAAGUGGCUUUGGUUAUUGACCAGAUUUAUGGAUCACGGGUUGUCAUUCAUUAUGGUAGUUAUUAAUGCCUAUCUGAAUCUUCUGUAUGCGGCUUAUAAUAUAUAAAUUGAAUAUUUUACCGAGUAUA